GAGAGAGACGGAGAGAGAAUCUGGCUUGUAUUUGCACUUGUACGUGUGGAGAAGGACACAGAGCGGCAGCUCUCACACCAGCAGCGUGUCUGCGCCUGAAUGGAGCAUGUUUUCGGCUGUAAGAGACAUGACUGAAAAGAUAAGGAAGAGUUCCAGUGCCUGCUGUGGGGUCUUCCCAGACUGUGUGCAGAGAGCUUCCCCUGAGUGGAGAGGAGUGUGAUGGUGGUGAAUGAGCCGCACGGCGUUCUGUGUGCGUGUUGUCGUUAAGGUGCUGUGACGAAAACGACCGUUAGCUGCUGAUGACGCUGUUCAGCUACCUAGCAUGGUUACUAGAUUAGCUUCUGUUGUCAACUUCUGAAAUGGAUGGAUUAAGGAUGGCAAAAGCAGUCUUGCAGAAUAAGACAUCAUAAGGCCUGCAGAGUUCCCUGUGGGAGCGCUGCUCUCGGAGAGUCACUGGGUUUCCAUUGACUGCAGUUCCACUGGGUUCUCAUUAGGACGAGCUCUCCAGUGUGGGCCAGACAUUACAAACACCCAGAAGAAAUCCUUGGGAACUGUUGGAGGUAGUCUGAUAUUAUGGCGAUUUGGAAGAAGAACAUUUGCAUUGAAUGACAGUGCAGGCAGACAAUGGCGGAGAGAUGGCUGUGGACGUUAGUGCCAUGGAGAGGAGGCUGGAACCUGCGCUCCAAAGCGCCUGGACAAGAGGAGGAACGCCAUGUUAGAGCCAAUGACCGUGACUACAAUGAGAAGUUCAAUUACGCUGACAAUCACAUUAAGACAGCAAAAUAUACCUUCUAUACCUUUCUACCCAUUAACUUGUUUGAGCAGUUUCAGCGGUUUGCCAACGCAUACUUCUUAGUUCUGCUUAUUCUACAGCUAAUCCCGGAGAUCUCCUCUCUGUCCUGGUUCACCACUAUUGUGCCUUUGGUGUUGGUACUGACUAUCACCGCUGUGAAAGAUGCUACUGAUGACUAUUUCCGCCAUAAAAGUGAUCAACAAGUCAACACACGCCAGUCUCAGGUACUCAUCAAGGGAAUGCUACAAAAUGAGAAAUGGAUGAAUGUUAGAGUUGGAGACAUUAUAAAACUUGAGAACAACCAGUUUGUUGCGGCUGAUCUGCUCCUGCUCUCCAGCAGUGAGCCCUAUGGGCUGUGCUAUAUUGAGACAGCGGAGUUAGAUGGAGAGACAAACCUGAAGGUGCGCCAAGCUUUGACUGUAACCUCAGACCUCGGAGCAGACGUUGCCAAGCUUGCAGAGUUCGAUGGAGAAGUUAUAUGUGAGCCGCCUAAUAAUAAACUGGAUAGAUUCACUGGGACUCUGUACUGGAAAGACAAUAAAUAUCCACUGGACAAUGAGAAAAUGCUGCUGAGAGGGUGUAUGCUCAGAAACACUGAGUGGUGCUUUGGCCUGGUGAUCUUUGCUGGGCUCCAAACUAAGCUGAUGCAGAACUGUGGGAGGACGAAAUUCAAAAGGACCAGCAUUGACAAGUUGAUGAACACUUUAGUACUGUGGAUCUUUGGAUUCCUUAUCUGCAUGGGGAUCAUUCUGGCUAUAGGGAACACCAUCUGGGAGCAAAAAGUUGGGAAAAACUUCUGGGCAUACCUGCUUUGGGAUGAACUACUAAGCAGUGCUGUCCUAUCCGGAUUCCUGACUUUCUGGUCUUACAUCAUCAUCCUCAACACUGUUGUUCCCAUCUCUCUUUAUGUUAGUGUUGAGGUACUGCGUCUAGGUCAUAGUUAUUUCAUAAACUGGGACCGCAGGAUGUACUAUAGUUCUAAGGACACUCCGGCUGAGGCAAGAACCACCACCCUGAAUGAAGAGCUGGGCCAAGUGGAGUUCAUCUUCUCAGAUAAAACAGGAACCCUCACUCAAAACAUUAUGGUCUUCAAUAAAUGCUCCAUCAAUGGCAAGACUUAUGGCGAUGUAUAUGAUGAGUUUGGACACAAAGUGGAUAUCACAGAGAAAACACCAUGUGUGGAUUUCUCCUUCAACCCGCUAAUGGACAGGAAGUUUCGUUUCUAUGACAGCAGCCUGGUGGAGGCCAUUAAACUGGAGGAGCCGUUGGUGCAGGAAUUUUUCAGGUUGCUAGCUCUGUGCCAUACAGUCAUGCCUGAAGAGAGGAGUGAAGGGGAGUUGGUGUAUCAGGCUCAAUCACCAGAUGAAGGAGCCUUGGUUACUGCAGCUCGCAAUUUUGGCUUUGUAUUUCGAGCCAGAACACCAGAGACCAUUACCCUGUAUGAGAUGGGCCAACCUGUCACCUACCAGCUUCUGGCUAUACUGGAUUUCAACAAUGUCCGGAAGAGAAUGAGUGUUAUUGUGAGAAAUCCAAAGGGGCAACUGAAGCUUUACUCUAAAGGAGCUGACACAAUAAUUUUUGACAGGCUUGACCCAUCCAAUGAUGACCUUAUGUACACUACCUCAGAACACCUUAAUGAGUUUGCCGGUGAGGGUUUGAGGACGUUAGCUCUGGCCUAUAAGGAUUUGGAUGAGGACAUGUUUGAUGAGUGGAUGAAGAAGCUGUUGUUUGCCAGCACAGCACUGGAAAACAGAGAGGAGAGACUUGGGGCUCUCUAUGAGGAGAUAGAGCAGGGUCUGAUGCUUCUUGGAGCUACAGCCAUAGAAGAUAAAUUGCAGGAAGGAGUGCCAGAAACUAUUAGCUGUUUGACCCUGGCCAAUAUAAAGAUCUGGGUUCUCACUGGGGACAAACUAGAGACAGCGAUGAAUAUUGGCUACUCCUGUAACAUGUUGAGAGAUGACAUGAAUGAAGUGUUCAUAAUCUCAGGUCACACCACGCUUGAGGUUCAGCGGGAGCUGAGAAAUGCCAAAGAGAGAAUUAUGGGUCCUAACAAAGAGAGGUCCACCAGUGGCCAAGAUGUGAGAAAGACUGAUAUGUAUGCCAGUGACUCAGUGUUUGAGGAAACCAUUAUUGCAGAAUAUGCCCUUAUCAUUAAUGGACACAGCUUGGCCCAUGCACUGGAGGCAGACCUGGAGCAGAUCCUAUUGGAAGUGGCCUGCUUAUGUAAGACUGUGAUCUGCUGUAGAGUAACUCCUCUGCAGAAAGCUCAGGUGGUGGAGCUGGUCAAGAGGCAUAAAAGAGCUGUUACCCUGGCCAUCGGGGACGGAGCCAAUGACGUCAGCAUGAUCAAGACGGCCCACAUUGGUGUGGGCAUCAGUGGGCAGGAGGGCAUGCAGGCUGUUCUGGCCUCAGACUACUCCUUUGCCCAGUUUCGCUACCUGCAGCGCCUCCUGCUGGUCCACGGCCGUUGGUCUUAUCACCGCAUGUGCAACUUCCUCUGCUACUUCUUCUACAAGAACUUUGCUUUCACGCUGGUCCACUUCUGGUUUGGGUUUCUGUGUGGCUUCUCUGCACAAACUGUGUAUGACCAGUGGUUCAUCACCCUGUUCAAUAUAGUCUACACAUCUUUGCCUGUUCUUGCCAUGGGCCUGUUUGACCAGGAUGUGAAUGAGCAGUACAGUCUGCGCUACCCUAACUUGUACCAACCUGGGCAGCUCAAUCUCUUGUUCAACAAGCGGAAGUUCUUCAUGUGCACCAUCCAGGGCGUGUACACUUCAUUUGUCCUCUUCUUCAUCCCCUAUGGGGCUUUCCUGUGUGCUGUGCGAGAUGACGGCUCCCACAUAUCCGAUCAGCAAUCCUUUGCUGUUACUAUAGCAACCUCACUGGUCAUUGUGGUUAGCGUCCAGAUUGGUCUUGACACAAACUACUGGACUGCUGUGAACCACUUCUUUAUAGGGGGUAGUCUGGCCAUGUACUUCGCCAUACUGUUUGCAAUGAACAGUGACGGCAUCUUCAGAAUAUUUCCAAACCAGUUCCCAUUUGUAGGCACAGCACGUAACUCUUUAAAUCAAAAAAGUGUGUGGCUUGUCAUUCUCCUUGUGACAGUGGUGUGUAUAAUGCCGGUUGUGGCCAUACGCUUCCUCAGGACAGAUCUCCAUCCUACACAAACUGACAAAGUGCGCUUGCUCCAGCAGGCCAGCAGGAGGCAGGGGCCUCAGGAGCAGAAUCUGAGACGAGUGCGCAGGACCAGUUCCCGCCGCUCUGCCUACGCCUUCGCCCACCAGCAGGGAUAUGGAGAGCUCAUUACCUCUGGCAAGAACAUGAAGGUGCCCACUUCCUCCACUUCAGCCCUCCCUGGCUCAUCUGCACAGAGAAGUAAAAGCAGUACCAGUUGGAUAAAGAACAUUGCAAAAAAGGAAACGGACAUGAACCAUGCAACAGCUGCUGAAGAGACUUUAUAUUCUGGAGUUACAGAACACCCCAGACGUGGAAGCAAGCACAGCCUACAGACACUAUACACAAUCUGAUGGCAGACAAAUACAAAAUGUAGGGCAAGCUGAAAAAUCCCAGCUCAGUGAAGGUAAGGGGAUUUCUCUGUAGUCAUGUCCAAAAGCAGGGAGCAGCACAGCACCAGGUGAACUUGUAGGUACUCUAUGAAAAAGUUGUGCUAGAUACAUGAUUUUAUAUAUAUAUAUAAAUGACUGCAAUCUGAAUUGUUCAUAUUAUCCCAGUGUGAUAUAAAAUACAGAACCCUCCAGGUGUGCUCAGUGCUACAUGGAGUACAGCUAUACGGAGAGCAAUUCCGGGUGGUCAAACAGCAAAAGACAUGCACAUGGGAUGGCACUAAAACAAAAAGCGGCAUUGCACAGGAGAGACUCCAAAGAGCAAGCAUAAUGAAGCACAGAUAAGACUCCUUACCUUCCUCAACUAAUUUCCUUGUUCAUGCAAAUGCACUCUGUUCUCUUGGUGCACUUUCAUUUAAUUGCGAGUCACUGACUCGGAGAAUGCGCUAAAUAGAGUUUCUACUCUAUUUAGUUUUCAUUUAAUUUCCCCAACUGAGUGAGACAAGCAUGCAAAUGCAGAAAUGUUGCUUCAGACAGCCAGAAUUUCUGGAGAAUUUCUGCAAAGCCCUUCAUAUGCUUCCAGUAUACUGCAGAGCAAUUGGUGUUAAUUGCGUGCAUAAUUUCAAUGCAAUUAUCUGAGAUACUGGUAAACUACAGUCCUCUCAGAAUUUAGAUUAUUUAUAACUAGUUGCAACACUAUGGCCAACUUGAAUGUUUUAGUAGACACUUACAGUCUCACAGUCUCAAAAGAAAGCUUUUGAAAGCAAUGUUAUUAUUUAAGACAGGGUUGAAGGAGUUUACACAUAUUGAUACAAUAAUACCUCUACUUGAAUAAUUGUAAUGCUUAACUGACAACUUGUUAUAUUGCUCGAUUUUGAUUCAUUUCUAACUUUGCUAAAUUCUUUUAAAUAUACAUCGGAUGUAGUAAAUGUUUGCACAUGUUACAUAAUACGCUUAAAAGAUCUUGAGAGCGGAUCAUCGAACAUUAGUAAUCAGAAAUAACCCUACUGCCCUAUGACCUUUUUAGACUAGAAAUAUAGAUUGCUUGUAAAUUAUUCUUAGCAUUGCUAGAGCACAGCAUGGGCUGAUGGUCUUUGUUCUGUCAUUAAGGAAAAAAAGCUUAGCCGCACCACCAUUUUUACAUACUAAACCACCCUACGUGUGCAUACACUGUUUAUUUCUCAUUAUACCUCUCUAGUGCGCAUAUACCACGUUGUAGUCGGCAUCAGGUUUGCAUGUAGACCGCAGAAUGAUGAAAAGAGCAAAAGUGCAGAAGAUUAAGGUUAUAGUUCAGAGGCUACACAGCUGUGCCUUUCAUCCCCCUCCACCGACAGGUAAAGCUUUUACUGUGUACAGUAACUACACUGUCUACAGAAAGGGUGACAAAUUGGGCAUUCGUUUCACUGUCCUUUUACAAAAGGAAAUAUUUGUGCCUUUUUGAUUUGACUCUCAGUAAAAGAAGUAUAUUUUUAAGUUUUGUCCAGUAUUUAUCUCUCUGCCAUCAAGGCCUUGUUUGUGGUUUUUUUUUUCCAUGUUACAAACUCUGCAAAUACCUGAUGUGCAGAAUAACAUAAAUCAACAUUUUAUGUUACACUGAUAUGUAUUUUUUUUUAUUUAAAACAAUGAAAAUUAUAGGGAGUUUUGUUUAUAUGGAUGUACAGUUUGCCUCAUUUAAUUUAACAUGUUACAUAUGUUAAGAAUAUAAGAAUGUAUGAGAAUUUCCUGCUGUGAAUUUUGCCAAUGAAGACCAUGCAAAUUGUUUGUCAUCUUUAUUUAUAUGCAUGGAUUUUAUACAAUUCAUUUUACUUUUUAUAUGACACAUAAAAUGUCCAUUCUAAAAUUGUCCCUCUCUGUGAUCUGUUUACUUAUUGUUUAUUAACCUCAGUGUGAGCACAGAAUGCAUACAUAGAAUACAUUAAUGUUGAGAGUGAUAUUUUGGGAGAGUUAGUUAUUUAGAAUACAUUAAUGUUGAGAGUGAUAUUUUGGGAGAGUUAGUUAUUUAAGUUACCAUGGCAGCCAUCCAGCAGCUUAUGUUCCUGGUUCAUUCAGAUGACUUACUGCAUGAACUAUGCAGAAACUACAUAGUUUUUAA